AUGCCCCCCAAGAAACCAGCCACCACAUCCAAUCUUUCUGCGAAAGACUUGGUUUUGGCUAAGAUGCCACGAUAUCCCCAAUGGCCUGCGUUCAUCAUGCCUGAUGACCUUAUACCUGCGGGUGUUUUGAAGGCCAAAAAGAAACUGACCAACUUCUGCGUGAUAUUCAUUCCUGAUGGGGACUUCUACUGGAUGACGGAAAAGUCGUUAGAGCCCUUGAGUCAGGCCAAGUUGGAAGCCCAGCUCGAGAAGGUCCCUGAGCUGUUCAAAAAGAACCCCAAGAAAAAGAAAAACGGCAAGCCCUCCAACGUAAAUGAAGCGUUCGUUGCCACCGAUGGGCUUGAUUUUGAUACCUUCAUCAGCAACAUUUUCAAUGAAGACGAGGAUGAAGAAGAAGAAGAAGAUGAUGAUGAAGAAGAAGAAGGAGAAGAAGAGGAAGAGGAUACGUCCAUAAAGGAAGAAGGAGAGGACGAAGAAGGAGAAGAGGAAGAUGAAGAGGAGGAAGAGGAAGAGGAGGAGAACGGCGAACCCACCACUGAAGCGGAAGAGUCAAGUCAAUCCAAACACAGAAUACGUGCACGCAAAACCUCUACAAGUUCCACUCCACAGCGUAAUGGAAAACGAGUUAAAAACGAGGAAGAGGAACAGCCCAUUAAGAAGACCAAAUUACAGAAUAACAAAGACAAGAAGACCAAUAAAAAUGGCAACGGCACGGCAACAACAACAACUACCCCUCCAGAAUCGACAGGCCCCCGCCACAAGGCGAAGCACGAGUCCAAACCAUUGACCGAAGAGGAGAAACAGCACCAAUUAUGGCUUUGCAGAAUCAAGCUCCAAAGAUCAUUAAUACAGCGGAACCAGCCAGUCACUCCGAAGGAUACCAAUGGGCUCAAGCCACCAACUGCGGACGAGUUGUCGGUAGCACGAUUAAUUCUCUACCGUUUGGGAGAUUUUCCUGUGAGUGUGGACCUCUUGAAGAAGACCAAGAUUCACAAGGUGUUGAAAUGUAUUUUGAAAGACGAGGCAUUGGCAUAUCCCGACAGUUUCAAGUUGCACGAGCGGUGUCAGGAGUUGUUGGUCAAGUGGGACGGUAUUGUACAAAGCUUAAAAUUAGAAAAGGCACGAGCUAGUCCCGAGAAUGCUAAGGGCGGACUGGAAAGCAAGCUUUCCAGCGGGCAUGCCACCCAGGAGGAAUCGGAAAUCUCGGCACUCAACCACUCCAUAACCGAG